AUGUUGACGAGAGCGGCCCGCCUACGCGCACGAGUACCACCUCCGGGAUCGUCGCUCAGCUCCGCCUCGCCGCCGCCGGACCCCGGACCACCAGUGAUACCGGCGGCUGCAGCUGCGUCGAGCUCGAGCGACGAGUACUUCUCUCCGCCGACGUCGCCACCACCUGUACGUCGGCAGGGGAGACGCCGGCCACCGACGGGCUUGGGAUCGGGGGACCAUCAGGUCCCUAGCAGGGUCCCCGCUACCCGUGGUUGUGUGCAGCGCAUGAGAUGGACUCAGAAAAUGAAUGAGAACGUCAUGCGCGCAUACUACGGGUCCACAGAGGGAGGAACUAACCUCACUGCGUACCGUGAUAGGAUGCUGUCUCUGUUCCAGGUGCUUGAGCCAGCCGUCAACGUAUCGACCCAACGACUGUCGGAUCAGGUGCGGGUUAUCCAGCGCAAUCACAGACUGGACGACGCCGCACUUGAUCGGCUGCGCUUAGAGAUGCUGAGCAGCCCUAUGGUCACCACCUCGUCACAGGCCGCGGUGCCACCGCCACCUUCAGGCGGAGUCACGCCGCGGUCCAAUCUCGUUGAACGGGAUGAGGACAAUAGGGCUGUAACGGUAAGUACUCAGUGCAACGAACGUGUGAGGAGUGCUCUGGAAGAUGCGAUUCAGGAGUUUAGGUACUCACCCGUCGAAAACCGACCGCGACUACCUCGCUUGCCUAUGCACAGACAGAAUAGGGCGUUGGUGUGUGCUCUGGAUUCGCUGUUGGAAAAAUAUUUUGAAAACAGCGAAGACCUCCUUGAUACACACUCAAUUAUGUAUUGCGCGGCUGUUGCUGCAUGUCGUGUAGCUAAUGUCAAAUUCCCUGACAGUAACAGAGCUACACGACCAAAAUCAGCGGUACCAGCUUGGCAGUGCAGGAUUGAGCGUCGUAUCGAGGGGGCCAGAGUACUCAUCGGCAAACUAUAUUGCUUCAGGGAGGGUAAUACCCGACCACGGGUGAUGCGCUUUGUGAGACGUGCAUUCAUGGGGACUGGACUCAGUCCUCAUGAAUAUAUGCCGCGUAUCGCGGAGCGCAUCGACUCCUGA